GGAUGGGAGGGCGGCGGGUCCGGGUCUGGAGGCUGAAGCUGUGUACUGUGGGCCAUGGUUGGUUGGAUUGAGCCAGGCCGGGCCGGGGCGCCGAGCUGGAGGGGGUGGCAGUGAGCGGCGGCGGAGGCUGCAGGGUUCGAUUUGGCUGACCGGGGAGUCGGCCGGUGGCAGCUUUCCUAUCUUGCUGUCGGAUUCUGUCAAGCGGAGCAUGUUAGUCUGGAAGGGGGGGUCUGCACAUGAAUAAAAUGUUGCUCUUACUGAUGAUUGACAUCUGCUGCUUGAGGCUGUAAACAUCCUGAGAACAGCCUUCGUCCAAAUGAGAUUUGUCGACCAUCUCAGUUUCCUCUGCCUUCUGGUGGCUUUAGAAUCUGUGAGCCAUGCGGGGCCAGCGGAGCCUGCUGCUGGGCCCUGCCCGCCUCUGCCUGCGCCUGCUUCUGCUCCUGGGCUACAGGCGCCGCUGCCCACCUCUGCUCCGUGGCCUGCUUCGGCGCUGGCGCUAUGGCAAGGUCUGCCUGCGCUCCCUGCUCUACAACUCCUUUGGGGGCAGUGACACCGCUGUGGAUGCUGCCUUUGAGCCUAUCUACUGGCUGGUGGACAACGUGAUCCGCUGGUGUGGGGUGGUGUUCGUGGUGCUGGUGAUCGUGCUGACCAGCUCCAUCGUGGCCAUCGCCUACCUGUGUGUCCUGCCCCUCAUCCUUCAAACCUACUCAGUGCCACGACUCUGCUGGCAUUUCUUCUAUAGUCACUGGAAUCUGAUCCUCAUCGUCUUCCAUUACUACCAGGCUAUCACCACUCCACCUGGAUACCCACCGCCGGGCAGGAAUGAUAUCACAACGGUCUCCAUCUGUAAGAAGUGCAUUAACCCCAAGCCAGCCCGAACACACCACUGCAGCAUCUGCAAUAGGUGUGUGCUGAAGAUGGAUCAUCACUGCCCCUGGCUAAACAACUGUGUAGGCCACUAUAACCAUCGGUACUUCUUCUCUUUCUGCUUUUUCAUGACUCUGGGCUGUGUCUACUGCAGCUACGGAAGUUGGGACCUUUUCCGGGAGGCUUAUGCUGCCAUCGAGAAAAUGAAACAACUCGACAAGAACAAACUACAGGCGGUUGCCAACCAGACUUAUCACCAGACCCCACCACCCACCUUCUCCUUCCGAGAAAGAGUGACUCACAAGAGUCUUGUCUACCUCUGGUUCCUGUGCAGUUCCGUGGCACUUGCCCUGGGUGCCCUAACUGUAUGGCACGCUGUUCUCAUCAGUCGAGGUGAGACUAGUAUCGAAAGGCACAUCAACAGGAAGGAGCGACAUCGGCUGCAGGCCAAGGGCAGAGUUUUUAGGAAUCAUUACAACUAUGGCUGCUUGGACAACUGGAAGGUAUUCCUGGGUGUGGACACAGGAAGGCAUUGGCUGACUCGGGUGUUGUUACCUUCCAGUCACCUGCCCCAUGGGAACGGAAUGAGCUGGGAUCCCCCUCCCUGGGUGACUGCUCACUCAGCCUCUGUGAUGGCAGUGUGAGCUGGAGUGUGUCAGCCACAACUUGAGCACCACCCUGCUUCCUCCAUUGCCUCAAGGGCCUCCAAGGAUAGCUUCUUGGAAUCCUUGAGCUAAAAGAGCCAGAGGGCCUGCCUUACAGUACCAUGCAGGGACAGCUCAAGGACCAGUCUCCUGGCCAUGGCGGAAGCAAGGCAUGAUGUGGAAAAAUCCUAGGACUGAUGUCCCUUUACUCAGGCAAACAGAAGUUCCAGCCCCAGACUGGAGAUCAGGCAGCUAGCAACCUUGCCGGGUACUGACCCCGACCUCCUCCAGCUUACAGCACUGGGGUUGGCUACCACCUCUUCCACUUGCCGUCUGAGAAAACACCUGAAUGGUAGAGCUGAGAUCCUGGCUUCUCAACAGGGCAAAGAUACCAGGCCUACUGCUGAGGCCACUGCCACUUCUCAUGUGCUGCAGGGAGCAAAAAUAAAGGAGCUGAGACCUGCCCAGCCAGCUCUGUAACAGAAGCAUUCAUACACAGCUGAUCGUUGAACAAGGUGGGCGUGAGGGGAGCCAACCCUCCGGUACAGUCGAAAAUCCACGUGCAAGUUAUAAUGGUCCCUCUUUACACAGUUCCUCCAUAUCUGCAGUUCUGCACCUGUGGACUCAACCAACCACAACGUACCUGGCUGGGCACCCAAGACUGUGAGCGUACGAAUGCCGACAAGCUGAAGCUGGGUGCUGGGGUCCGUCAGGGCCAUGAAUACC